AUGGAUAUCGACCCGCAAUUACAGCGCGCCCGCGACGGAGCCCCCCAACGAGGCUACAUAUCAACAGCCGUAGCCCCGGACUACCCAGAGCCACCGUCGCACAUACACGCCAUUCCAAACCAAAACCCACACCAGGACCCAUCAGGCCCAGCAUCCUUCAGCCACAGCCACAGCUUAGGCGCCGAACACACACCAGCCACCCAAUCGCCGGACCCAAACGACGGGCUGGGCGAUGCGAAACGCGCUCGCGCCUGCGAACCUUGUCGCCAGCUCAAGGUCCGCUGUGACCCAGACCCAGACCACCCAGAUGGAUCAUGUAAGCGGUGCGCGAAAGCGCGGCGGACAUGUAUCGUCACUGCGCCGACGCGCAAGCGCCAGAAGAAAACAGACAGUCGGGUUGCGGAGUUAGAGAGGAAGAUCGAUGCUUUGACCGCGACGUUGCAGACGUCGCAUGCGACUGGGUCGUUGUUUGCCGGGUCUGGGGCUGGGGCGACGACGCAGCGCUCGCCGUCUUUGGAUGAUCACCCUGCUACCAGUCGACGGUGGCUUUCUGGGUCUGGGGAGUCGACGACCUUGGCGGGAAAGAAGAGGGGCCAUAGUGGUGAGACGAAGGAACCCGCUGGAGGUGGGCUUCUUGGGCCGCGGUACUCCAGACCUGGGAGUCCAUCUGCUGAGCAGAUUCCCAGUCAGCCGACUGCGAAGCAGUGGCGGCGACCUGUUGAUGCGGCGAAGCAGGAGACUGUGGGGGAGUUUGUGGACAUGAUUGAUCGCGGGGUGAUUGAUUUGAAGACUGCUACUUCUGCCUUUGAGAGGUAUGUCCAUCAGAUGGCACCGGAGUUUCCUUUCGUGAUGUUUACUCCGGGGACGGGUAUGGCUGAAGUGAGACGGACGAAGCCGUUUCUGUUUCUUGCUAUUAUGGCUAUUGCUGUUGGGACUUUUAAUCCUGAGGCGCAAAUGACGCUCCUCAACGAACACUACCGUUCGAUUGCUGAGGAGGUUGUUGUCAAGGGACACAAGACUUUGGAAUUGCUUCAAGCCAUCUUGGUUGGCACUAUUUGGUACAUUCCACCGGACAAUUUUGAUGAGAUCAAAUUUUAUACGACGACGCAGAUGGCUGUGGCGAUGGCAAUGGAACUUGGUAUGAACCGUCGGUUGUCGGUGAAUAAGAAGGGGUUCAACAUGAUUCGUGAUUUGAUCAUCAAAAAGCCUUCGGGUCCAGCAUUCGAUCCUGAAGGGCCAGAGGCGAGGAGGACGUGGGUAGGGUGCUAUUAUCUAUCUGUCCAAAUGGCCGCAGCUUUGAGGCGAGUGCAUCUCGUCACUUGGCAGCCAUAUAUGGAUGAAUGUCUUGAGAUUUUAGAUAAUCAUCCAGAUGCUCUACCUUCAGAUCGGACUUUGAAGUGGUGGGCAAGACUGGGAAAUAUCAUGGAAGAUGCUGGUGUACACUUUUCCUCAGAUGAUGUUGGCUCUAUUGUCACAUUUGCAGAUAGCAGGGCCUGGCAUGAGAUCAAGGCCUUUGAGAACCGCUUAUCACGCUGGAGAGCUGAGAUCCCACGCGAGGUCUAUACUGGUCCAAUGGCUCAUACUGAGAGUGUUUUGAGUAUCUUCAUACACGAGUCGGUCAUGAGUUUAGACUAUAACACCGUAAACAAUUCUCCGCAGGACUUGCCAAGCACAUCUGUCGCUGCAGUCAUCGAUGCUCUGACCUCCACCAUUCGCUCUAUCCACCAGAGUCUCGACAUCAUCACCUCGAUUGAUAUCGAUCGGCUCGUUUCUCUGCCUACAUCAUCGAUAGCUCGGACAUCAUACCCAGUGGUCGGCUUGAUCAAGAUAUUUUCUCUCUACAUGUCGCCAGACAGCCGCUUGGGCCAGAUUCUCGAUGUGCAGAGUCUCAAAGUGGACUACUACCUCGACAAAGUGAUAGCACAAUAUCGUGCCGGCGCAGCGCGUGACGGCGGCCGCGUCCUAGCGAAAUUUGGAAACAUCCUAGUCCUCCUCCGCAAUUGGUUCGUCAAAAAACGAGACCAAGGAGACCACGGCCGAGAAUUGAAAGAACUUUUCUCGGCGGCACAUCAACCCUCACAGCCACGACAGCAGAUGGCGCCAGGCAUGACACCCCUCCAUUUCCUAAGCGAAGUAGCGAUGGGCGACCCAGCCAACAGACCCUCAACUGAAAACUCCCAACGUCAAGUAUACCCAACCGACCAAAGCCCAGAAAGAAUGCAAACCCCCUCUUCCAACAGCUACCCCGACCCUUCUCUUCAGGCAAAGAGAACAACACCGCCAUCAACCUGGCCAUCCUACCAACCCCAAGUCACACUCUCGGCUACAGAUCCAAGUCUCAUGUCAAGACCCUACUAUCAGCCCUAUUCUCAAGCAGAACAACCGCAAUCAUACCCCGAUAUCCAGACAACCGUGACGCAGGGAUAUCCCGAUAUGUCAGUGGCCGGAAUGCAACUGGCACCGCCGAUGGGAAUGGCAGAGGUUGGCGUUGAUGCUGGAUUUGGAGAUCCGUUCUUCACAUUGAAUAACAUGAUGGAUGAGGGGCUGUUCACGUUCCCGUUGUCCUUUGAUGGGAAUUUUGGAUUUUUCUAA